AUGCCGCCCCGAAUAAACAUCCCACCAGUCACCCGAAUCGUUCUGAUCGUGCUGGGUGUACAGUCGGUGCUGAGCGCAGCCAUCCGAUACCGCCAGUGGACGGCCAAUUCCGAAAUAGUCAUCCCUUACCUCAACCUCGUCCCGCAGCUUUCGUUGGUCUAUCCGUGGACCUUCCUUUCGGCGACACUAGUCGAGAGCAACGUUUUUACCUUGUCUAUCGCCUGCGCUACUCUCUACAAUGGUGGUCGCUAUCUGGAACGGGCCUGGUCCUCGCGGGAGUUUGCGAAGUUCCUCCUCAUCACUUCCCUAGUCCCCAAUGGGCUGUGUUUCGUAACUUCGAUCUUCUUCUUCGCCUUGACGCGUAAUGAGGGAUGGACACUCAUGACCAUCGCUGGUACCAUCCCCCUCCAAAUCUCGUUCCUCGUCGCCUUUAGCCAACUCGUUCCGGCGCAUACCGUGACGCUCUUCCGGGGCCUUCUCUCACUGCGCGUGCCCCGUUUCCCGCUCCUCUACAUCAUCCUCGUUACCCUCCUCUGCCUCACACCAAUGCUCACGGCCGCUUCGUUCCUGCUCGCCAUCUACGGGUUCCUCGUCAGCUGGACUUACCUCCGAUUUUACAAGGUCGCCUUCCCAGACCUUGACACUUCGCAAACGAGCUCCCUCCGCGGCGACGCCAGCGAAACCUUUGCCAUCGCGGAAUUCUUCCCUGGCCCCAUCCGACCCCUUAUCGCAACCAUCUCGGAGCAAGUAUUCAACGUGUUGGUGGUCAUGCGCCUGUGUGUGCCGUUCAGCGCGGCGGACAUCUCUGCCGCCCGCGGCGAUCAUCACUCACACCACAACUUCUCGCACCGCGGCGCGCCCGGGAGCGCGCGCGCCGAAGCUGAACGCAGGAGGGCUCUCGCCCUACGGGCGCUCGACCAACGCCUGCACGCUGCCACUGCCAACGCCGCGUCCCGCGCUCAGAAUGCCCCUGUCCCGCCCACCGUCGCACCGCCCAUCCCUUCGGCGACGGGGCCCACUGUGCAGAACCAACCCCAGGCCACACCACCAAACGCGAUGACAGCACAGGCGGGGGGUGGCAGCGGGAUGCUGGGUGAGACGAACUACAACCCGGAUGCAGACACGGAUAGGAAUGGCCCAUGA